AUGGAUAUAUUAGGUUUAGGAUCAAAAGUUGAUGCAGAUUUUAUACUUGAUCCUCAAGGUCAACGAAAGCAGAUUGAUGUUAAAAUUGAUGAUACGAAACGAUCAUCACAAUAUAUUUAUUAUGAUGGUGAAGAUGUUAGUGGAACGGUACAAAUUAAAUUAAAGAAAAAUAGUAAAGUAGAACAUCAAGGAAUUCGAUUGGAAUUUAUUGGACAAAUUGAGAUGCUGAAUGAUCGUAGUACGAUUCAUGAGUUUAUAAAUCUAUCAAAAUUACUUGGAUUUCCAGGUGAAUUAACUGAUAGUACAUCAAUAGAUUUUAAUUUUGGAAAUGUUGAAAAACCAUAUGAAUCGUAUAAUGGUAUUAAUAUUAAAUUAAGAUAUUUUCUUCGUUUAACAAUUAUAAAACGUUUUUCUAAUAAUGUUUUUGAACGUGAUAUAUGUGUUCAACAAUUAUCACAAUAUCCUGAAAUAAAUAAUAGUAUUAAAAUGGAAGUUGGUAUUGAAGAUUGUUUACAUAUUGAAUUUGAAUAUAAUAAAUCCAAAUAUCAUUUAAAAGAUGUUGUUGUUGGAAAAAUAUAUUUUUUACUUGUUCGUAUUAAAAUUAAACAUAUGGAAAUAGCUAUUAUAAAAAAAGAAAAUACAGGUACGGGACCAAAUAUUUAUGCUGAAAAUGAAACUAUUGCAAAAUAUGAAAUCAUGGACGGUGCACCAGUUCGAGGUGAAAGCAUUCCAAUACGUUUAUUCUUGGCUGGUUAUGAAUUAACACCAACAAUGAAAGAUGUUCAAAGAAAAUUUUCUGUUCGAUAUUUUCUUAAUCUUGUUUUAGUUGAUGAAGAAGAACGACGUUAUUUUAAACAACAAGAAAUUUUUCUUUGGAGAAAACAAGAUAAAGAUAAAGAUAAAACAAAACAAUCAGCUAAACAAUAUGCUCAUUAUCAACGACCUACUCCAGCUAAUCAAUCCGAAGAAAAUCCGACUGAAAAUUCAUCAGUUAAUGAAGUUUUAUCAUCGGAGAAUAAUAGCGAUAUACCCAGUGAUUGA